AUGUUCAACCUUUCGCGGUCAAAAGCAAGGGCAUCGAGCAACUCCGUCAGGAAAAGGCAAUCGAUCAAUAGUAGUCUUUCGGCUUUGACCAUGAUCAGGCAAGGAAGCAAGGGCCAGCCCGAAGAUCAACGGGAUCUUUCUACAAGCUCAGUUCCUACCCAACUUUUACGAGGGAACCGACUACGGGGGGAAACGGGCGACGAUUUGGCACCAGAUAUCCGGAGGUGUGAAAAGAGCAGCUGUGAGAAGCGGAAAAACCAUCAAAAAACGACGAUUGUUCGUGGAGGUUUCCACAGAAAGACCCCUCGGUUCUGGCAAACGGAUCACAAUUACAGGUACCUGGGAGCAUACCGAUGGAAUGAACAAAAUACGAAUAGUUAA